GUUCCGAUCAGCUCAACCACAACAACAGACAUCUGUUGGAUAGCGCAACGAACCGUGAUCCAUAACAUAACAGCGGCAUCAUGUCGACGGCCAGCGGUGCUCGUGGCACGCCCAAAGGAGGACGGCCACAGGCGACCUUCCUCGAGGGUGGAACCCUGUCUGGCAUCCCCCGUCCGAAGCUCGAAUCGACACCGAGUGAAGCGCCCACGUCCUUCAGCGCAAGUCGAGCCAAGCAGUCAAAGCGAGAUGAGGCAAUCCGAAGCAAGCUCGAGAAGGACCUGGGAAAGCGUCGUGGCCCUGCCGGACGAGCUCGACAGUCUCGCAAAGCACCACCGGGGACUGUUCUGGCCCUCAAGCCGAACCAGGCCCUCCAGAUUAAGCCAGGAACGACUGUCACCGAAGCUGCUCAGAUGAUGGCAGCCAAGAGGGAGGACUGUGUGCUGGUGACCGAUGAUGAUGAUCGUAUUGCUGGAAUCUUCACUGCGAAGGACCUGGCAUUCCGUGUCGUGGGUGCUGGCUUGAACGCAAGGAACGUGACAAUUGCGGAGAUCAUGACGAAAAACCCAUUGUGUGCUAAGACAGACACCAGUGCAACGGACGCACUAGAUCUUAUGGUUCGCAAGGGGUUCAGGCAUUUACCUGUGAUGGAUGAAAAUCACGACAUCUCUGGAGUUUUGGAUAUCACAAAAUGCUUCUACGAGGCUAUGGAGAAGCUGGAACGUGCGUACACUUCAUCCAAGAAGCUUUACGACGCACUGGAGGGCGUGCAAGCCGAACUGGGCUCGAGUCAACCGCAACAGGUCAUUCAGUAUGUUGAGGCAGUAAGACAGCGUAUGUCAGGGCCAACUCUGGAGUCGGUUCUGAACGGUCUCCCACCCACUACCGUAUCCGUCCGCACCAGUGUCAAGGAGGCCGCCCAGCUGAUGAAGGAGAAUCACACCACUGCAGUGCUUGUGCAAGAUCAGGGACAGAUUACGGGCAUCUUUACUUCCAAAGACGUUGUGCUUCGCGUUAUUGCCGCUGGGCUCGAUCCUGCAAACUGCAGUGUCAUUCGCGUCAUGACACCACACCCAGAUUUUGCGCCUAUGGAUAUGAGCAUCCAGCAGGCACUGCGGAAGAUGCAUGACGGGCACUACCUCAAUCUUCCAGUCAUGAAUAAGGAGAGUGACGAGAUUGUUGGCAUGGUAGACGUCUUGAAACUCACAUAUGCGACACUCGACCAGAUCAACGGCAUGGCCGCUGGCGACAGUGAAGGUCCUGCAUGGAACAAGUUCUGGAUGUCGAUGGAGAACGAGACCGAAUCCAUGAUGUCCGGCGAAGGUGGCAGUCACGCACCCCAUGCGGAUAGAUCAGCGAUAAUGUCGCCCGAUCGCGCCGAAUUUACCAGAGGUGACUCUGUGUUACCGACUGAUUCUGCUUCUCACAACGGCAUCGAGCACGAGGAAGCCUCUGCGCUCGCUGGAGCUGUAGAGGAUGUACCUUUCACCUUCAAAUUCAAGGCUCCCGGAGGACGUGUGCAUCGGCUGCACGUUGUUGCGUCGCAAGGCAUGCCAGAGCUCGUGAGUACCAUUGCUGACAAGCUUGGCCAUGAGGCAGAAGUAAUUGGCGGUGUGCCUGCGUUCGAGAACGGCAAGCUGCAGCAUGCUGGAUUUGCUCUCAGUUACUUGGACAACGAAGGUGAUACAGUCUCAAUUACCACCGACCACGAUCUGCUCGAGGCUAUCAUGCUGGCCAAAGACGCACGCAAAGACAAAGUCGACUUGUUCGUGCACGACCCAGAAAAGCCAGCUAUACCAGCGACACUUGAUCCGCAGCCUGCCAUUAUUCCUCCGACACCUACAGAAAGCUCUGUUCGACGCCGCAGGCAACAGGAGUCUUCGGAAGAUGAGGAUGAAGAGCAAAGUGUCACGCAGCGCCGCAGAGAUCGCAAAGCUGCAGCAUCGCAGGGUGCCAAAGCCCAGGAUCAGAUUAUCCAAGGUGUUCCCAACGAGGUCCUCCUGCCAGGAGCCAUCGGUGUCCUCGCUGUGGUCAUAUUGGUGACUUUUAUGGCUGGACGUUCGAGUAGAUAGCCUGGCGAGCUAUGUGAUUCCCUUUUAGCGUUGUUCUCGCACCGAAACUAAUUUACAAGCACUGAUACCACCACAGUACUGUCAGAUGUAGCAGAAAGCCCCUACGGCCGUCUCUUUGGUACUACUAGGUACUAAUAACGUUUUGAUCUCCCCAUUGUUGAGUUCGAAAUCUGUUCCAAGACCAGCUGCUUGGCGAGACCUUUCUGUCACAGCGAGCCAUACGGGCCAGUGUGACCGUGGAAACAUCGUCUUUGUUGAAUCAGGCAAAACAAAUACCA